UUAAAGCGAUCACCGUUUGUGUAUGUGUUCGACACGUCAGUAUUAGAAAUACGAGGCGUUGUGUCGGACGCGUUCGAGUACUGUAUGGUGCAGUACAUUUGAAAACGUGUUCAAGAAAAUAUAAAACAAAAAGAUGAACUAUUCCUUAGACGAGUCGCCGCUGGCGCGAACCGACCUAACCAGAGACAAGAUCUCCAAAUGGGUUGAAGGGCAGCGCAGAGGUGAAAACAUCGACCUGGAUGUCUACGGGAAGCCCUCGGACAAGCAGCUGAAGGAGCUGGAGAACGUCAGGAAGUUGAGCAAGGAGCUGCAGGACAAUUUACACGACUUAGAAAAUUCGGUUCGCAUAGCGGAAGUUGAAAACCAAGCUAUGAAUCCCACCGCUCCCAUGCUCGACUCCUCGGAGGAGCACGAGUUCGUCUCCGCGAACCAGCUCGACGAUUACUACGCGCAAGAGGACCAGGUCGACGCGCGGGAAGCCGAAAAGCAGAGACUCACGAAGGGUAAAGCGAGCAAAACAGAUAUCCAGAGGUUUUAUAAGGACCAGUGUGUGUUUUUGACGGGGGGGACCGGGUUCUUGGGGAAAGUUUUAAUCGAGAAGUUGUUGCGUUCGUGCGGCGACUUAGACACCAUCUACGUUCUGGUGCGACCGAAGAAAGGCAAAGAUCCAACCUCGAGGAUACGUGAUAUGCUGGAUGACUUCAUAUUCCAAAGGGCUCUUGAAGAAAAUCCUAAGGGUAUCUAUAAAGUGAUACCGAUUGUAGGAGACAUGGAGCUGCCCGGUAUAGGAAUCAGUGACGAGGAUAGAAAACUGCUCAUUUCGAGGGUGACAAUAAUCAUAAAUUCAGCGGCGACGGUGAAGUUCGACGAAAAGCUGUCGAUAUCAACAGCGAUCAACGUUAAGGGCACUGUGGAAGUUAUCAAGCUAGCCAAGGAGUGCAGAAAUCUCAAAGCCAUCACCCACGUGUCCACGGCCUACUCGAACACACAUCUCAAAUAUAUUGAAGAAAAAAUCUACGAGCCCCCGAUGACGGUGGAAGUGUUGGAAGCGAUCGCUCAGCUGGAUGACAAUUUAAUCGAGUCCAUUUUGCCGACGCUUCUGGGAAAGCGGCCGAACACCUACUGCCUUACGAAGGCGGUAGCUGAGGAAGCAGUCAGAAUACACGCUUCAGGCAUGCCUGUCUGUAUUAUCCGACCCUCUAUAGUUAUUUCAACAUAUGAAGAACCUGUUAGAGGCUGGACGGACAGUGUGUAUGGACCCACGGGGCUGGUUAUCGGUAUCGGCACUGGGGUGCUGCGCACGAUGUACAUGGACGUCAACAAGGUAGCGGACAUGGUUCCCGUGGACCUCACGGUGAACGCCAUUAUCGCGUCAACGUAUCACACCGCAAACAACUUCAAGGAAAAUCAAACAUCCGACAUUCCGGUGUACAACUUCGUGUCAGGUGCGCAGAACCCCAUAACUUGGGGGCAGUUUAUUGAAUUCAACAGAAAGUAUGGAAUAGAGACGCCAACUAUAAAAGCUGUCUGGUACUACGGUCUCAACCCAACGAGUACGUACUACCUCUUCCGUUUCUACAACUUCUUUCUACACUACCUGCCGGCACUGCUCAUCGACAUGUACUGCGCGCUGGUGGGGAAACGGCGAGCCAUGCUGAAGUUCUACUCGAAGGUGACGAAGCUGGCGAACAUCCUGUUCUACUUCUCGACGCAGGACUGGCGCUUCGAGGACGCGGGCGCGCGGCGGCUGUGGGCGCGCACGGCCCGCGCCGACCGCGCCGUCUUCCCCUUCGCCCUCGCCGACAUGUCGUGGGACUACAUGGCGGAGACGUUCCUACUCGGUCUGAGGGUGUACUUGGUCAAGGAUGAUCUCUCAACGUUACCAGAAGCUAGAAAAAAGUGGAACAGAUUGUUCUAUCUCCACCAGCUCGUCAAAAUAACAACAUAUAGUUUAGUAAUUUAUUUAGUAUAUCUUCUAGUCACGAGAAUAUUUUCGUUUAUAAUGGGUUAGUUACUAAAUACGAAUUAAAUUAAAAACUUAGUAUUAAAGUACAAUAAAAUGUUAGUUUGAUUAUUGUAAAUGUUAGCUUUCUAAGUAUGUAU